GCUCUUGAAAAAAUGAGGAUGACGUCAUCGGCUGAGUCAUCACUUUUCACAUUGCUCUGCAGAACGAUGGAGUCAGAAUGCAAAUAAGGUUUUUGGCCGAGCCAUCACUGCAAAUGCCCAACCUAGCCAGCCAUAUCUUUCAAUAAGUAAGUAUCGUGUAACAACCCAACUUGGCUAAAGAGUCCUCCUACGGUAUUGUUUCUGGUCUCACAACGAAGAUGAUGGUAUCAGCACCGCUCCUUGUCUUUGUGGCAGCCGUAACCGGCCAAGCCACCGCUUUCACCACCACACCUCGCACUUCGACUUUUGCCACCGCGUUGCACGCUACAACCGAAGCCUUUUCGGUGGGUGAAGAGUUUGCCAAUGAAGCUGCUCUGUUCGAAGCAUCCACCUUUCCAAUCUCACCCGAGAAACUCAAGGAACGAGCCAAGGAGGUCCUCUCACCCGAAAUAGCGCUCGGCACCCAAGAUGGCGGAGACUGUCUGGCCGACAAUUUUGAAUUUUGUGCAGCCGUGGUGGGUCCCAUUGGCAAACAAGAGUAUUUGAAUGCGCUCGGUACGUUCAAACUCCAAGACGGCUUUGAUUUGCGCAACAAUCACUUUGGAAUGACCGUGGAUCCACUGCAGCCCAACCGCAUUUGGCUCUUUAGUCGCAUCCGCGCCAUUCACACGGGAACCUUUAUGGGCGUCGAACCAUCGGGCAAGGAAAUUGUCUAUCCUCCGCAAAUUCAACACAUUGACUUUGAUGAACAAGGAAAAGUGGUCGAAUUUGGAUUCUACACUGCGGAUCGACGACAAGGCAAUACCGGUGGACUAGGAGGUGCCUUUGGAUUCAUGUACGGAGUCGGCAAGCCUUUGCCCAUUCCAGAAUGUCAGCCCUACAAGCCGUCGAAACGGUUUCGGUUUCUCAUGUUUUUGGGAAGUUUGGGACGACGAUUUCAAAAGAAAUAGGACGAGUAGAAGGAAGGAAACUAGCUGCGCUCUGCAAGCCACAUUUAUUUCAGCAAGGCGAUCGCCAGUUUCACUGAACUGGCAGUUACAUAGUUGGAGACUUAGUCACACACGGAUAUCAUAUUUCUUGGUCUAAGGAUCUUAAAACUUUGUCUUCAGUGCAAGGUGGUUCAGUAUCUUUCGUCUCAUGUUGUUCUGCACAGUUUUGCUUCUGACGGGCUGGCCG